GGCGUUUGGCCCAUCGCGGCCGCCUUAGCCCUCCCCAGCCCCAGCCCCGGCCCCGGCCCGCCGCGGCUCCUCAGGGGCUGCCCGACCUCGGGGGCUCCGCCAGCCGCGCCCGCCGGCCGGGCCGGGCCGGGCCGCUGCCAUGUUCACCAGCACCGGCUCCAACGGGUUCUAUAAAGCGCCUUUGUCAAAGAGUUUGUUACUAGUCCCAAGUGCCAUCUCGAUUCUACUGACUCUGCUCUUCCAACAUUAUCAGAAGUUCUUUGCGUAUAACCUACAAGCUGUAAAAGAGGAUUUUCAGAUUUGGAGACUUGUAUGUGGAAGAACAAUAUGUCUUGAUUUGAAAGACACAUUCUGCAGCAGUCUGCUCAUUUACAACUUUAGAAUAUUUGAAAGAAGAUAUGGCAGCAGAAAAUUUUCAUCUUUUUUACUGGGCACUUGGAUGCUCUCAGCUUUGUUUGAUCUUCUCAUCGUAGAAAUCACUCAGUAUGUAUUUGGCAUCACCAUCAACAGCUUGCCUUCUGGUUUCUUGGGUCCUAUGUUUGCGCUGUUUGUUCCAUUUUAUUCCUCCAUUCCAAGAGUGCAGGUGACACAAGUAUUGGGUCACUUUUCUAUCACAAACAAGUCUCUGGUCUACAUACUGGGUUUACAGCUCUUAACCUCUGGUUCCUACAUCUGGAUUUUAGCCUUAAGUGGAUUGAUUUCUGGGAUUUGCUACAAUAGCAGUAUCUUGAAAGUUCAUCGAAUUCUUUGUGUACCCAGAUGGGUAGCAAAGAUAUUUUCUUGGACUCUUGAACCAGUCUUCUCAUCUGCGGAACCAACAAAUGAAGUUCGAGUGGGAAUGGGAGCAACAGUUGACAUCCAGAGGCAGCAGAGAAUGGAGUUACUGGAUCGUCAGAUCAUGAUGUCUCAGGUUGCCCAAAUGAGGCGGCAAAGGCAGCAGCAGGGUGGGAUGAUUAACUGGAAUAGACUGUUUCCUCCUUUACGUCAUAGACAUAAUGCGAAUUAUCAAGAUCAUCACCCGUCUGAACAAGGCAUACCUCCACCUACUGAGGUUUCUGAAGAGCAGGUCGCACGACUUAUGGAAAUGGGGUUUUCCAGAGGAGAUGCUCUAGAAGCUCUGAGGGCUUCAAAUAAUGACUUAAAUGUAGCCACUAAUUUUCUACUGCAGCACUGAUGGUUUUCUGCGUGAAGGAACUUCACCCCAUGGGUUUGUACAUGCCUGGGAGAGGAUCCAAGCCACCUGCUGGCCAGACUCACCAAGGUCAGCCCCACGAGAGCGUCGGAAGAGAGAAAUAGCUCCACGUGACGGGUGACUCAGAGUGAUGUUAAGAAAUUAUGUGAACUGUUCCCAAGCCUUCAGAUCACUUGGUGGUUUCUAGUCUGGUUAUCCUUUUCAAAGUAACUUUAGUUUCUACUUGUUACUGGAUAUCACCUAAGUUUAUUUUUAAAUAAAAUAGGUGGGUUUUUUCUUGUAAAUCCUUGUUAGACGUUAUCAGACUUUAAUGACUAGGAAAAAAAAAAUCUCCAACAACUACAACAGCUAGAUUUACCUGUCAAGAAAAAUGAUAUUUUCUUCAUUUACAAGUCUAAUUUCUCUAGCUUAAAUGUUAUUUUACAGUACUUGAUUUUUUAUUACAGUAAUAAGAGGUUUGAAGAUCACUUAAUUUACAACUCAAUAAAGGGUUAUGGGACGAUUAUGUCAUUCUUUGCAAAGUUUUAUUAAUGCCUGUAAUAUUUUAUUUCUCAAAUUUCUUUUUGAAUAAAAGUUGUCAUUCAGCACAUAAUAGACAGA